AGCGAUAGUGUGAGAUGUGGAAAGUGAGGAGCAAGAUAAGGAAAGUGAUACCAAACAUGAACAAACAUUAAGCUUGACAUGUCUGUCACUUGUCAAUAUGUCUUCUACGGGAAACGCCUUUCCUGUAGCUCUUAGAUGAAUCAAGGCCCUCACAAUCACACACACAUGCAGGAUUCCUUCAACGUCUGUCUGACGCGCACUCGCCCCAGUCCAGUAGGUGGCGCUGGUGCCUCCUAACCGACAAUAACUUAGAAAAGAAGAAGAAUAACGUUCUCACAGCGCGCGUGAUUGCUCUGGUCUGGUCACGUGAAUACUCGGCGAGCAGGGAGGGUGGGGGUAAAAAAUGGCCGACGAGGCAGGGGAGGUAAACACAGCUGUUGAGGAGAGCGAAGCAAUACAACCGCUCGAUGAGCCCGAAGUUUCGGAAGCCGCGCCAGACGGCGAGUCCGGCGACAGCGACGAGCGGGACCGGACGGAGACGCCGGCUCCGGCUCCGGCGGCGGCAGAGAGCAGCUGGUCGGCUCCCAUCUUGUCUCUGGCUCGGAAGGCCACGGAAACGAUUAGCAGUGGGGUGAGCUACGCUGCCGCCCAGAGACGUCCCUCACAGGGGUCCGCUGCGACCGGAUCUCAGUCCGGACCGGAUCUCAACAACGCUUCAAAAACGCUUCCAGUGCUGCCCCCCAAAGACCCCAUGGCAAUAGAAAGAUCCAACCUCCUCAGCAUGAUGAAGCUGAGCAUCAAAGUAUUAAUCCAGUCCUCCCUGAGUCUGGGCAGGACGCUGGACUCGGAGUACCCUCCUCUGCAGCAGUUCUUUAUCGUCCUGGAGCAUUGCCUCAAACACGGGCUGAAAGCCAAGAAAUCCUUCAUCGGUCAGAACAAGUCCAUAUGGGGCCCGCUGGAGCUGGUUGAGAAGUUGUGUCCAGAGUCUGUUAACAUUGCCACAAGUGCCAGAGACCUGCCCGGCAUUAAGACCGGCUUGGGCAGAGCAAGGGCUUGGCUGCAUUUAGCGCUCAUGCAGAAGACAGUAGCUGACUAUAUGAAAGCUCUGCUGGACCGCAAAGAUCUCCUGAGUGAGUUUUAUGACUCUGGAGCAUUGAUGGUGGAGGAGGAGGGAGCGGUGAUCGGGGGACUCCUGGUGGGCCUCAACGUAAUUGACGCUAACCUCUGUAUAAAAGGGGAGGAUCUUGAUUCUCAGGUGGGAGUCAUUGACUUUUCCCUGUAUCUGAAAGACCCUGCCAAAAGCGAGACACCAAAAAAUGACGCCAAGAUGACAGCCAUAUUGGAUCAGAAACACUACAUUGAGGAGUUAAAUCGUCACCUGAGUGGCACCGUCACUGACCUUCAGGCUAAGAUGGACUCUAUAGAAAAAAACAACAAAAAACUUUCAGAGGAGCUGACAGCGGCGACAGACAGAAUCAACUCUCUGCGGGAGGAACAGGAACAGCUAAGAAAGGAGAAUGAGACGAUCUUGCAGUCCAGCCAGAACAAGGAAGAGGCAGCCCUUCAGGACAGCCAGGUGGAGCUGGAGACGUACAAACAGACUCGACAGGGCCUGGAUGAGAUGUACAAUGUGGUUUGGAAGCAGUACAAAGAGGAAAAGCGCAUUCGCCAGGAGCUGGAGCGUGAGUUGGAGCUCCAGGUGGGCCUGAAGCAGGAGAUGGAGGUGGCCAUGAGGCUGCUGGAGAAGGACACGCAUGAGAAACAGGACACGCUGGCAGCCUUGCGGCUCCAGCUCGACCAAGUCAAGACUCUUAACCUGCAAAUGUUCCACAAAGCUCAGGAUUCAGAACGAUUAGCAGAAAAAAAGCAGACCGAGGCGGUGCAGCUCGAGCAGAAGAUGGAUGAAAUGGAGAGAGCCAUGAUGGAACUAGAGCACAGACUGCAGAACUCAGAGCAAGAGCGUAAACAAAGUGACCAGUCAGACAAAGACAUGAGGGUGGAGCUGGAAGGAAAAGUGGAUGCUUUGCAGAAGCAAUUGACUGACCUGGAUACACAAAGGCUGGGUUUGGAGAAUGAGCUGCGUACUGAGAGGGAACAGAGACAAAGUCUGCAGAAAGCUCUCCAGCAGGAACAGGACAACAGCAUCGAGCUCCGCACACAGCUGCAACAACUCCAGGGCCUUCACGCGGAGCUGCAGGAUUUGAAGCAUGAGAAGCGGCAGCUGCAGCAGACAUGUGGGCAGCAGGAGCAGGCUCUACAGGAGAUGGGGCUGCACCUCAGCCAGUCUAAACUUAAGAUGGAGGACUUCAAGGAGGUCAACAAAGCUCUGAAGGGCCACGCCUGGCUGAAAGACGAUGAGGCCACUCAAUGCAAGCAAUGCGAGAAGGAGUUCUCCAUCGCACGCAGGAAGCACCACUGUAGAAACUGUGGAGACAUCUACUGCAACUGUUGUUCCAGUAAUGAGCUGGCCUUACCGUCCUACCCCCGGCCUGUGCGGGUGUGCGACGUGUGCCACGCCCUCCUGCUGCAGAGAAGCUCCUCCACGGCUUCCUGACGGCUAUGUUUCCAACACUGCACAUGCAAACCCACUAUGGUUUUAGAAGUACUGGUGUUUCAAGAAUGUUAUCAAAUCUUAGGGAGAUGUGAUUUGAUGGUCCAGUUCCACUAUUGCCUGAAAUUCAGGAGUAUUAAUUGAUCUGUAUUAAACCCUCUUUUAAUCCUGAUGGGAUGAGCUAAUAUUAAAAUUGAAAAUUAGGAUAUUUGAGAUUUGUUUCUUUGGACUGGAAUAACAAUAAUUUGACUUGAUUUAAAACUGACCCUUUUUAAAGUGUAGUUAUAAUUGAGUUUUUUUUUUUUUUAAGGUUACGUUGAGGUCACUGAGGAUCAUCAGUGUACGUCACUUUGAUAUUAUUCAUCCUCGUCAUGCAUCUACUUUUUUACAGCUAUGGACCCACUGCUACAUGCAAACUCAUUGUAUGAAUGUUAAAUCUAUUUUAGAAUGUAUUACUACUGGGUUUUGUAGAUUGUCAACUGCUACAAAGCCAUCUUAAUUUGGUGAUGAAACAUUUUUUUAUCUAUUUGAUAAAUGAAUAAAGACUCUUUUGCAAUGCUCGUUUCAA